AUGGGCAAUUCAACCAUAUGCAGUUCCUGCCUGGAACACUUUACGUUUGCACGACCAGAUGUGGUAGAAGAAAUCAGGGGGCUGAAAAAGGAAAGUGUGGAACGUGCCGUGGAAGCUGGAUAUGGCGAUGAUGAUCUGAAAAGUCUGCACAAAGACCUACGAGACUAUGAAGCAGAAACCAAUUCCAUCCCCGCCGGAUCCCGUGCACCAUACCCAUGGGCUUCAGGUCUGAACGUGCCCCAAUUAUGGAUACAUCUGCAGAUAUGGGACAACGAGCAUUCGCGCUCUUUGGCACAAUUACACGAAUCCGUCAAGUCUUCAGGUUGUCACCUUUGCCGCUCAUUUUGCAAAAUGAUAGAAUAUGCCUCUGGGGAUGAUGUUCCAGAGUCGGCAAAAAUCACGACCGCCUUAUCUUGUGACAGCGCGGGUACAGAACGUCUUCGUCUCCAAUUCGCUGUUCACACAGAUCAAUCAUACCACGAUGGUAAUGAUGUCGUGAUAGGCAACUUUGAGUGCAGGAGAAUAGGUGUCUACAAUUGUAAGAGGCCCUUGUUGCAAUUUCAUAUGCUUUUCUCGCCGCUAACAGGCAAAACAAUAGCGGAUCUAUAUAUACAGGAUGAGGAACCAUUUGACUCUUUGCCAAGCACGGAUAGCUGCGUUGAGUUCUUGUCUCGCAACCUUGACUCAUGCAUCAAGAAUCAUCCCGAGUGUUCUUCCGGACAAACAGCUGGCUGGCUACCAGCGCGGCUCUUGGAAGUGCGGUCGGCUGAUGGUGACAACGACUGUGUUUUCCUUGUUGAGAAAGACACCAUCCAAGCCUCGGGGGAUCAGAAACCCCAAUACCUUACUCUAAGUCAUGUUUGGGGAUCAUUGAAGCCAUUGUGCCUUAUCCGGGAUAAUUACGACUCGCUAAAGAGCGGGAUCGAGACCCAUCAACUACCCCAAUGUUACAGAGAUGCAGUUUUUCUUGCGCGGAAACUCGCUAUAUCCCACAUUUGGAUUGACUCCUUCUGCAUUAUCCAAGACUCCCCCGAGGACUGGGAGCGUGAGGCGAUGACCAUGGACAAAGUCUAUGCCAAUGGGAUAUGCAAUAUCGCGGCAUGCGACGGCACUGACUCUUCACCCGGCCUCUUUGCGGAUCCUGAAUCGAUACCCCAUCCCAGAAUCUCUUUCAAAACACAGUAUACCAAUAGCGCUGUCGAAUUCGAAGUUGUGCCAAUAUGGAUGGACUUCAUGCGCAAGUAUUCUCCAUUAUACAAACGGGGAUGGUAUGUCCAGGAGAGGUUUCUCAGCACGCGCAUGAUGCACCUCACCAAAAUUCCUAUCUGGGAGUGUCGAAAGACCGUCAUUGCAGAAGGGUGUAGCGAGUCAGCGGCACCCCCUCUGAUGAAAUCAUCAGCGUCUGAAAGAGAGUUGAUGUGGUCUGACGAGCAAGACUUAGGUUUCAACUUUGCUCGAUGGAGAAAGAUUGUCACGGUCUACUGUCAAUGCGAACUUACUUUUCCUAAGGAUAAACUGAUAGCAAUGAGUGGGCUUGCGAAGGCAUUUUCCAGCCUGCUCAAGGAGGAUUAUUGUGCUGGUAUAUGGGGUGGUGAGCUGCUUGUUCCUUGCCUUCUUUGGAGAACUUUCCAUCCGUCUACGCCCUCUACAGAGUACUUAGCACCUUCGUGGUCUUGGGCCUGUCGUAAAGGACCUACCGUUCAAUCACCUGGUGCGAUUUUAAAGGUCUUUAUCCGCGACGCAUCAUUUUCGGCUGUGCCAAAGAGCAGUGAUAUCUUUGGUCAGCUCAUAUCAGCGGAACUCACGCUAACAGGGAAACCUCUUGAAAUCCCAGAGUUCACCACCUGGCUCCACCGGGUCAGGUACAAGAUGCAGUCUACCUUCGAUCGCGAACCUCACGUGGAGUCAAAUAAGCAAGUCUACUUCCUACCACUUGCACAUCUCUCCCAUGUUUACAGUGAAAGAAUGAAGGUUGCGUAUAUUGAAGGUCUGUUCAUCCAAGUGGCCUCUCGACGCCCUGAGACAGGUCCGACCGCCUUUAAGCGUGUCGGGUUUGGUCAAACGAGAGAAGCUGGAGACGGCGGCAUGAACGAGCACCCUCGGUAUGAUGAAAUUUGUGAUGACAUAUUUGGUACCCCCCUUUUGGAACUAGAGAAAGAUCUGGAAACAAUCAUCCUCGUCUAG